UUUUUUUAAUAAUUUGUCGGAAGCAAAAAGACAAAAAAAUAAGUAAAAUUAAAAGCAUGUACACCACAUGGUUCAAUCUCAUCGAAUUUCUUUCUGUAUCUUGAAAUAAAAAAAUAUUGGUUUGGCCCAAAAAAAAAAAAAAGAAAGAGGAGAAGAUCGAUGGGGAAGACGAGUGAAAGUGGCCGUCUAGUGAUGAGUAUCGUAGUUUUGAUGAUCGUAAACAUGGCGCACGUGACCGUAUCAGAGGUCACGUGCCCUUACCCUUGCUACCCGCCACCCAUCGGCGGAGGCUUCUCCGUGCCGACGCCGGUUUUCAACCCUCCGCCGGCGGCAGGAUACUACUACCCUUCUCCGACGACGGCAACAGGGAAUUUACCGAACUACCCUUCGCCACCGUACGACGGCGGAAGCUUUUACGGGCCACCGCCGCCGGAGCCGAUAUUGCCGUACUUCCCGUUCUACUACAGAAAGCCGCCUCACCAAUUUGGCGACCAGUCUUCUUCAUCCCCACUCCUCUCACCGACUCUCCUCAUCUUAUGCUUGUCAAGUUUUGCAUUCAUGGCGUUUUUUUGGUAACACCUGCUUUCCAUGUUAAGCCUUCCCCACAAAAAAAAAAUACAUAUCUAUAUAAUCUAUGCUUUGAUAUAUAUAUAUAUAUACACCUCUUUUAGGGUAAUAAAGAAUUUCUCGUGUUUAUACACAAAACCCCUUUGUUGUCGGUGCUUUUUACUUUGAGGAUGCUGUUUUCAAAGGCUACGAGGGAUCCAGAAACCAGCUUGGUCCGUUCUUAGAGUAACUUUUUUUUUUUUCUUUUUUGUUUAUUUUGGUAUUACAUAUAAUGAAUCAAUGAUUACUUUGAGAUUGUUGAAAUUUUGUUAA